AGAACUAAUCAUGUUUUGUGACAACGAAAUGGUAGGGAUUCAUUCAACCAAUCAGCCACAAAGUGAUAACGACCGAUUCCGAAUAGAAUAGAGCAGGCCGAGUGUUUACCGUCCUUAGUCCUUAUUUACUAUUAUCUAUUAUGCACUACUCAUGCUGUAACGUGAAUUAGCAAGUUUAAGCUUUAUACGAGUCAGGAAGUCAGUAUUCCAGCGUACGCGUUACGAUACGAUAUCUGUUUGAGUCUCCAUGUCACGUACAUCGCGAGUGUUGAUCCACGGCUAACCUCUGACACAGUGUAUAAUAUCCCGUAAAAAUGGAUAAAAGCAGGUUAGACGCUUCGAGGUUAGAGAAUCGUGAGGAUGUUAUUAGUCAUUCCAAGAAGAACAAAAAACGACCCAGUAAGAAAAGCAGUAUGCUUAGCUCGUGGACGAACAACUUUCAAAACGACCAAAAUAACGAUAUAGUACCUGGAAUGGAGUAUCCACAGUUAUUGUGGCAGUCUAACAUGCCGCAAAAUUUUCAGAACAAUGGACAACGUCUCUUUACUACAACAUCUGACCCUAGCAUGUGUGGUUAUACGCAGAUGCCUAUGACAUACACCAUGGAGCCUGUUUCACUACCAACCAUGUAUAGACUGUAUCAGCCGGUGCCAGUCUCUGGUAUAAGAGCCGUUCACAGUAGACCCCGACGACAUUGUAAUCAAAAUCAACCAUUGAACUUGAAUAUGAACUCUAUGGCAAAUGGUUACACGAGUUUACAAGAAAAUGGGGGAGGAUCUCCUGUCCCUGCUAACUAUCAGAACGGAGAUUACGCGAGUUUGCCAUCUACUGCUAAUAAGAACAAUGGAAUAAAUGGAGACGAGAUAAAUUCAGAGCAUCGGAGGUAUUCAGACCCUGGUCUUGGGUCUGCGGAAGCACCGGUACAGAGUCAGAGCGAAGACUCUGAUAGCGCCGACAGUGGUAGCUCCAUUACUACAGUUGGACGUAGCAAUAAGUUAGUUCUAUCUCUUAUCGAACAGAUGACAGAACUGAAAAAGAGCAAUAAUCAACUGUUUAAAGAGUUAAACGAAACAAAGUCUGAAAUAGGUAGUAUGAAGACAAAGUUAGCAGUGUGUAGUUCUUCGGAUUAUCAACCAGGAAUGUUAUCAGAUUUUAUUCGCGAAAUCAGGCAAGCCAACAAAACAUACGAGGAGGUACUAGUUUCAAAAGUAAAAUUCAUGAUCGAGGAAAAGCUGAACCAAAGGUCGUUGGAAGUGGCAAAUUUAAACAAUCAAAUAAUGAAACUGAUGGAGGAGAAAGAAGAAAGCGACAGGCGAAUAGCAAAACUGGAGGAGGAAGUUGCCAUGUUGAAGCUGAACGUAAACAACGAAGGCCGCGAGAUCGCCGCGUUCGAGGAAGAGACUCUGGCGCUGAGACGGGAGCUGCAGGAGGCCCGGGCGUCCAAGUGCCUGGCCGAGAAUCACGCGGCAAAGUGCGUAAACGCAAGAUCAGUCACGCCUGUCGCUACUUUCGAUACUACGCAAUCCUACGUAACCAGCACCCCCGUGCGUACUGCUCUAUCCGACACCUGUAGCCUGAUCCCCGCACCACCGUCAUCGACACCGUCGUUGUCCUCGAUAGUCCCACAACACAUCACCUCGUUACUACGUUCCCGAACCGCGGACCUGGCUCACCAUUUCGUCGCGGACAAGACGAACGUUUAUCCAACCGUUGAUUGUAGCAGUCCGACAACGUCCAUCAAUGCUUCGUGGUCGUUGGAUGAUCAGUGUCAGGUGUCUAGCAGUGGUAACCAGUCGCCGCUGAUAGUUACCGCUAGCAACAGUUUCGAGCAACAUCGCACGGACGUCAGUUUGGACGAGAGCUCCACUUUCUCUGCUUCCGAGCUUGCGUUAGAGACCAAGAGUUGCGAUCAACGCGAGGACCACGACCUUGCCCUCGUGGAACAUCGUUUGGAAGAGAACUCGAGCUCGAAGAAGACGAAAGACGAGGAUACGGCGCGAGACGACGAGCCUAAAACGGAUUCGACUACGACCAAGAGCCUUGGCGCGAUAUCCUCGAACGUGCAAGAGAAAAGGAUAAGAGAGUCGAAGAAGGAAGCGGAAUUGUCGCGCGUUCAUCAUCAGAGAGUCGGAUCGAAGAAGUCGAGGAAGAAGAAGGGUAGUUCGGUGUCGAAGAGAUCGUUCGUCGAAACGGACAAGGGUGGAACGGUCGCAGAGAGGAACGACAGUGGGACGAAAGACGCGCGGAGAACGGUGAGCGAGGACGAAGAUCGGAGUCGUCUGAACGGCGGCGACGACGACGUCGACGACGACGAAACGAGCCGAGCCAUCACCGAGAUCCCGGAAGUGACCGUAGUCGGUGGUGGCUCCUUCGUGCCGAAAGAUCUCUGCUCGACGGGAAUCCUGACCUCCAGAGUCCUGACAGCACCUUCACGCGCUACCUACACCACCGCCUACAUUUAGGCUACGUACGCGCGGGGCCCCUGCGAACCAAACGCGAACCAACGGUCGCCGUUGAGCGAGGGGGGCUUCAAGGGCUUGCUAGAGGCUACUACUAUGUACAUGUCGAAUAGCACGUAGGUCUAUCGUUGUACCACUCCUUUUUCUCUCUGUCUGUCUGUUUCCGUAUAGAGACUUUUUCUGUCUUUCUUCCUUUUUCUUCGUGGACACGCUUCGCGCUAUUCCUUCGGGCUCGACGAACGACCUUUCGCUUGGUUCGCUGUGUUUACGGAAUAUUUAAACGGAGGUACCUUCGAGUCAAUAUUUUAGGUAUUUUGAGCGUAUGCUCUAGUUUAUGAACAAGCGUCGAUUAAGAAGAAAGAUUAAGAAGAAAAAUAUCGAUUUUAAAGAAGUAUUUUAUCAAGAUGUAUAUCGUAGGUUUUUAUCGUGGUAUUUCGAUGAUUUCGUCAAUUGUUUAUUUAGUUACUUGGACCUUUUAAGGGUUCUUGUUUUAGCUUUUAAGAAUAUAUCUGUUAUGAUGUUUACGGACUAAUUGUAUAAAAUGAUUGUUUUAUAGUUGGACGAAACAUUCUACACCAUUAUUUCUAGUACUUUGUUGCCUUUUCUUGUAUUGUUAUCGUGUCUUUUUAGUUGUAUAAGAGACGCUCCUAAAGUAUUUAGUGUCAUUUCUAAUAUAAACGAAGCGAUAUACCAGGACCUGAAACCUGCAACCAAGCUCAAGAUCGUUCGAAAAUGUUAAUAAUCGUGUGUUUUCCUCGAUGGCUUUUGUUCGAAGUACGAGAAGAGUUCGAUCGUUUUGUAUUUUCAAAGAAAUCUGUCUCUGUUUAAUGAUUCGCGUAAAGUUAUUUAUCCAUUUUUGUAUCUUCACGAUCUUCGCUUUUCUGUACUCUUCUUCUACUUACGUAUUGUACAGUUUCGAUGUGUUCCAAGUGAAAAUGAAAGAAACGAAUAUAUUUCCAAUAUUACAUCGACGUUAAAAUCUACGGUUGAGAAAUUCGCGAAAAAGAGAUGUUGGAAAAAUGGUUUUAGAGUUUGCUGAUUCUUUCACUUUCGCUUUGUAGCUGUAAUUAAUUAUACGAUAAGCCUGUGUACAUUUAAAUAGCGUCAAUUACCACGUUGGCAUGGCUUUUGCAGCUUGUCUAGCAUGCGUUUUAUCAUUUUCAAUACCGAGUGUACAUUGUUUUCCAAGCCUGUAUCAUAUUUUUAGUUUAAUUCCCCUUGAACUUUUCAACUGGUUCGAUUUUUCUUAAUUUGGAUCAAUCAUUCUUAAAUCAACUUAAACAUCGUCGGCAUCAGGUAUACAGGGAAGGUUUGAUAUUCUUAUAGAAUUUUUGUAAAAGUGAUUUUAAGAAUCUCUUACGUUUUUAUAUCGAUAUCAUAAAUAUUAUCUUAAGUAAUAUCCUCAACUAAAUACGCUUUUUUUUUAGACGUAAGUUCGAGACGAUUGACCCUGCUACGUAAUAAUUUUAAUAUCUUUACAUGUUACGGAAAUAAUUAUAUAAUUAUGUUAUAUAUUUCAUUUUGAAUCUAAUAAGUUUCUAAUGAUUGUCGCGCAAUGUAAUUAGUAUUUUAUUAAAAAAAAAAAAAAAAUUGGAAUGCAUCGGACAGAUAUUAAAGAUGCUAAAAUAUUCUCUUAGAGAGGAGAAAGACGAACAUGAAAUGGGCAUAUCGGUAUCGUUCGCGAUUCCUUCAAUAAUUUUCAAUUUGCGAAAAAUAUCAGAAAAUGUUUGUCGAGACGUGCGAUUUUUCGUUUCGAUUCUACGCUGAAAUUUGUUCUUAAACUACGGCAAGCUUUUCUGCUUGCCAAAACGAGAGUGAGACUGGAACAUAAAUAUACAUAAAAAUUGAAGGAUCGUAACAGGGUUAAGACUGACUAAAUAGCAAGAGUAUAAUACGCAUUUCGACCUAUUGAACAGUGCCAGUUAAAAAGUUCCGACGAUAUCCCCAAACAUGUUAACCACGUUUUCGAGCGUCGAUAUUUUCGACGUUACGCAACUUCCCUUCCAGGAACGAAAAUAGAAAAAUAAAAUAAAAAAAAAAAAAGGAAAAAAAAGGGAGGAAAAAUAAUGGUUUUCAUCGAUGGUCGAGGACGAGAUCGAAAGAAUCAACGUAUCAUUAUCGAUUAUACUCGUUGCAUCCCCGUCGUUUCGCUCAAACAUCAUAAAAGUCCCGGUGUGUACAGUUUAAACAAGCAAAGUCAAUUUUUAUCUUUCGAUCUGUUCGUUCGGUGGAAAUAACGACCGCCACCGAUACACGUUUCUCCAUUUUUCUCUUCCUCUUACCCAUUCUUUCUCUUUUUUCUUCCCCUCUCUCGAUAUUCCUCUGCAAUUCUCUGUUUCGUUGCAUCGAGUUUGUACGCGGCAAUUUAAUAAAUGAUCAAAUAUUA